AUGUCUUCCUCCGUUGCGGAUCCUGCUGUCGACGAUAAGCUCAGUUCUGCUGAAGAAAAAAAGGUCGUCAUCGAGGCCAGAGUUGACUGGUGGCUCAAAACCCAGUUUUGCAUCAUUGGCUGUGUCUCCCUCCUCGGAUGGAACUUCAUCCUAGGGGAGUUGGGUACCUUAAUCGAUGCAUUCGGUGCCUCCUAUGGAACUUGGGUAUCCAUGUUCUACUCUCUGUUCAUCAACAUAGGGCAGCUGCUGCUUGUGUACAUCGGUAACCGAUUCAAGUUCGGUCCCCGGUUCUACAUUGGCUGUGUUGGUAUGGGGGUCUCUAUGAUGGUCAUUGCCGUGUGCGCCAUCACCUUCGGCAGAGUCAACCACGUGGCUGGCUUCGCGUGUGGGUGCAUCCUCAUCGCCAUCUUCGGUUUCUCCAAUGCCCUUAUGGAGUCCUCGAUGUUUGGGUUAGCAGCCCUUGUGACUGCUGAUUGUACCAAAUGGAUUAUGAUAGGUGAAGGCUUUGCAGGUCUCCUCGCUUGGCCUGUCAAUAAAUUGUGUCAAGUCAUCGUGGAGGCGGCCGGGGCUGACGAUUCUACCAACAUGAUGUAUAUACGAAUGGUUGUAUUCUACUUUGUUGGUAUGCUUGGUAACUUGGCAAUCAUUCCUAUGUACAGAUAUGCAAUGGAACCCCAUCCCUACAUGAUCAGUGUUCUGAAGAUCCAACAGGAUCGUGUGAAGUUCCAGCUAAAGAAGGCUAUGAAACGUCCUGUUGGGCAAGUAAUCAAAGACAGUCUCCCACAGGCCUUCAACGUCUGGCUCAACUUCGUCAUAACUUUCACUACUUUCCCGUGGCUGAUAUACGAGAUGACCCCAUCGUCUCUGAGCGUUGGAUCUUUCGGUCAGCUGAUGACAUAUUGUUAUCAGGUCUUCGACACGGUUGGUAGGUUUUCUCCCGACAUGAGGAUCAGGCUUGGGAAGAGGGCUACACGUUAUGCUUGUCUCGGACGAAUUAUUUUUAUUCCUUUGAUGUUCCUCUGUGUGCACAUUUCCGCCCCUCCGUUCGAGGAUGAUUGGUUCCGAUUCAUCAUCAUGGCCUUGAUAGCAGCCUCCAAUGGCUGUGUCGCGACUUGGUGUAUGAUUCAUGGGCCCACUCAGGUGGAUCAAAAUGAGAAAGAAGAGCUCGAAAUCGCUGGUUAUGUGAUGGCGUUUGCUCUUGUUUUCGGUAUAUUUACUGGCUCUGUAAUUGCUAUCAUUAUCCAGCAAAGUGCCUACAUUUAAAGGUACUCGCUGUUUUCAAUGUGUGUCAUUUUCAUGUUAUUUUCUAUGCUUGAAAGAGCAAGUACUCCAUGCUGUGAGUUUGAAUCAUAUGUCGUUACGUGGAACAUGCUUUUACAAUAUAAACACAAGUAUUGUUGUGAGUGUACAGUGAAUAUUGUAUUUUUCUCUAUUACGUAGUUAAUAAAAGUUGUUCGCCUAAUUACUCUAUAAGGGUUGUCCUACACUGACUCGUGUAAUCGCGGUGUCUAGUUGAGACAGCUCGUACU